CAUUUCACUCCCUUUGCUGUCACCACGCUGUCUCUGUAGCACUCCCGGCCACGGUUGGGUGGCGGGACCCGCUGCGGUUUAUGCUGACUCGUUUCGCUGUGAUAAACCGGCGAUUGAAUUCGGAACAUCGAAAGCAAUUUCACUUCCGUCAAAUACAAUUUCAGCACCUAGAAUGUCUCGUGGCCGCCUGCUCUUACUUCUCCUCCUAUUCUCGUGUUUCUUUGUACAUCAAUGUCUUUCCGACCCAAGAGCUACCGAGGCUGCUCGUGUAUGCAGCAACACAACUGCCUUAGCGCAAGACCGCCCAACGUUUGUCGGAUACUUCUUGGCAGCCAUGGACACCUUGACCUCUCUGAUUGCCACCCAAAGAUAUGCCGCUGUUGUGAACGGGUCGGGUAAUAACACGGUUUACGCCUUUGGGGAGUGCAUGAAAGAUCUUACUCAGACAGACUGUAAUCUCUGCUUUGCCCAGUGCAAGACCCAGGUUCUCAGGUGCCUCCCAUUUCAGAGAGGCACUCGUGGCGGCAGGCUUUUCUACGACGGGUGUUAUCUCAGGUACGAUGACUAUUAUUUCCUAAAUGAGACACUGAGUUUGCAAGACAUGUCCGUGUGUGGGAACCAAACAUUUGUUGGGAAUGAUACUGUCUUCAGCGCCAAUGUUAACCAUUUGGUGAGGAAUCUGAGCUUGGAAGCACCUAAGAAUGAUGGGUUCUCUGUGGGGUCUGUGAACAAAGGAAAUGUGACGGUUUAUGGGUUGGCUCAGUGUUGGGAGUUUGCGAAUCGUACCGGUUGCGAGGAAUGCUUGGCGAAUGCGGUCGCUAAGAUCGGUUCGUGUGCUCCGAAAGGAGAAGGAAGGGCCUUGUUAGCUGGCUGCUACAUGAGGUAUUCGACCCAAAAGUUCUAUUAUAAUUCGACUGAGCCUGUUGAAGAAAGUAAUCGAGGACGCCACUUGGCUAUAAUUUUGGCUGCAACAUCUUCUUCUGUGGCUGUUGUUCUGGUUAUUGCAACGGUUGUUUUCAUUGUGAGGAAGAAAUUAAGAAAGAAGAGGAGAGAGAGAAAGCAACUAGGUGCUCUGCUGGCCACCGUGAAUAAGUCCAAACUCAAUAUUUCAUAUGAAAUUCUUGAGAGGGCCACAAAUUACUUUCACAAUUCCAAUAAGCUAGGACAAGGAGGAUCUGGUUCAGUUUACAAAGGAGUUUUGCCAGACGGACAGGUUGUUGCCAUCAAGAGGCUUUUCUUCAAUACAAGACAAUGGGUGGAUCAUUUCUUUAAUGAAGUCAAUUUAAUCAGUGGCAUCAAUCACAAAAAUCUUGUGAAGUUGUUGGGAUGCAGCAUUACAGGCCCCGAAAGCCUUCUUGUUUAUGAAUACGUGCCGAAUCAAAGCCUUCAUGAUUACUUCUCUGCUAAAACUAAUCGUCAGUUGCUAACGUGGGAGCUGAGGUAUAAUAUCAUAUUGGGUACAGCUGAGGGCUUGACCUAUCUUCACGAGGAAUCAAAUACAAGAAUCAUUCAUAGAGACAUUAAGUUAAGCAAUAUUCUGCUUGACAAGGACUUCAUGGCAAAGAUUGCAGAUUUUGGACUUGCUAGGUUAUUUCCCGAAGAUAAGACUCACAUCAGCACUGGCAUUGCUGGCACACUGGGUUACAUGGCUCCAGAGUAUGUUGUUCGUGGCAAGUUGACCGAGAAAGCAGACGUUUACAGUUUUGGAGUUCUUGUAAUUGAAGUUGUAUGUGGAAAGAGAAACAAUGCCUUCUCCCAAGAUUCACAUUCCAUCCUACAAAGGGUCUGGAGCCUUCAUGGAACGGGUAGGCUAUGUGAAGCUGUUGAUCCUGUCUUAGAGGGUAAGUUUCAAGAAGAGGAGGCAUCUCGCUUACUUCAAAUAGGGCUACUAUGUGUACAAGCCUCUGCAGAGCUGCGACCAUCAAUGUCAUUAGUUGUGAAAAUGAUAACUGAUAAUCAUGAAAUUGCUCAGCCAACACAGCCACCAUUUCUCAAUUCUAGCAGUGCAGAAGUCAGCCAAAAUAUACCACCUCCAACUUACUAUUCUCAGCCUGAGUCCUACAACAACUCUUCAGGGAACGACAUUACGAAUAGCGGGAUUGAGCCGAGAUGAACACUUUCUUCUUAACCCCUUGUACAUUAUUCCCUUACCUUUAACUCUGCCUUGCCAUACAUUCCACCAGGCGCCGCUGUUGCCAGCUUGAAGUCCUCUGAUAUGCAAUUUUCUAUCCAGUUUGUUAGUAGCACAUUGGAAUUUUUUGCUCAAAUGAUCGGCGAGAGUGACGACGGAGAGCUGUUUGUCAUUGUCCCGGGAAGUCGGGAACCCUUGUGAUUAUAUUAGGACUGCAAAUUAAGUGAUCUGUUACUCCGGCCUGCACCAUCUGCUAAAAAUACUGAGUUCGAAUUAGGUUGCUGUCUAGUUUGACAAUGUUUUAACAGCGUGGAUAGAGCCGAAUGCCUUCUGUAUUCUUUUACAAUGGAUAAUCUACAUGUAAAGCUUAUAGUUACAAGAAUUUGUAAAAGAAAGUCUCAUUGUCAAAAUUUACAAGUAUGGUAAAUCUGAGAAGUGAAGUGAGAAGGGGUUGCAUAAUUUGACUCA